AUGUCUUCACUUCCGGGUCCAACGAAAUUAUCGAGAGGAAAGUACACGAAUGUCUGUCAUCACGACUCCAAGGCAGAUGCAGAAGAGUACCGUGAACAAAACCAGCCACAGCUCUGGGCUAAGACGAGUAUAUAUCUCCCUGGAUACUUUCUCAGCAACUUCUUGACUCAUCCAAUGGCUCAGCCAACCAAGAAAGAGAACGGAAACAUACAGUUCGCAAACAACCUAGAUCUCGAUGCAAAAGUUCCUCUGAUGUCACACGACCAAGAUUCUGGUCCCUUCGUCAGAGCCCUAAUUCAAAACCCUCCAGGGAAAAGUGUCAUUGGCUAUCGUGCUUGGAUCACACCACGGGAGUUCGUACGAAUUUCCAGUAAAGUCACGCCGCACGAGACUAAAAUACUACACAUACCACACAGGGAUUUCAGCUUUGAUUGCAAAGAAGAGUUGAGGGCUGAAUUGCAGGAUAACUUUGCAUUUGCUAACGAAAUUGGGCUUCAUGGCGGUGAUGAUUCUCCUGCUGUUCAUCCCAACAAGCUGAAUCCUCCUACUCAACUGAAGAGCAUUGAAGAUUGGGUUAGAGAACAAGACUAG